AGAGAGAGAGAGAGAGAGAGAGAGAGAGAGAGAGAGAGAGAGAGAGAGAGAGAGAGAGAGAGAGAGAGAGAGAGAGAGAGAGAGAGAGAGAGAGAGAGAGAGAGAGAGAGAGAGAGAGAGAGAGAGAGAGAGAGAGAGAGAGAGAGAGAGAGAGAGAGAGAGAGAGAGAAAGAGAGAGAGAGAGAGAGAGAGAGAGAGAAAGAGAGAGAGAGGAAAUGAGAGAGUCAAUGUAGGGACACACCGUACCGUCUCAUUGGUCUACUGUUUGUGUACGAAUCCACUACACGAGAUAUAUCUGGACUGUACACUCUCUACUAGCUUUUCUCUAUGGUCCUUCUCAACGUCGAGGACAGCUGACAGACUUGAUGGGAACAAACUGUUUGGAAAGAGAGGAUGACGGGCUACAAGAACGAUUAAUCGCACAGGAGAGAGCGAGAGACAAAGGGAGAGAGGAAAAGAGCGAGAGACAAAGUCGGAGAUCAUGAUAGCGUACGUGGACUGUCUGUCCCCUGAGCUGGUUGGGGGAGGGGGCGUGAGGGUGGGUGCUCGAUGCUGGAAGGGUGGGUACAGCGAGGACGAGGAUGAGUUGCUUCCUCUCUGCUCGAAAGAUGUCCGAAAGAUGCCCUCCCUGCAGCCCAAGAGCGAGGGCAGUUUGAGACGUCGUCUGCUCACCUCCAAGAUCCACCAGCAACGAGACACACUGUGGGCUCCCAGGCCUCUUGCACAGGGUCUCCCGGACAACCAAGGCCUCCAGGCGACGCAACACAGUCAGGACUACCCUGGCACCGAGCCCCAGGCCAAACCCAGCCCUUCCGGCCUGCUGAUCCACCACCUAGCAGGCUACUCGUCACAGGGUUCCCAGCAACAUAGGCACAACGCAGGCUACUCCUUGACUCAGGUACAGAGGACCAGCUAUUCUCCCCCGACCCCCGACCCCCAUCCUGGGUACAGCUUCCCCCUACAACAUCCAGGAGGAGCCAGAUGCAGCCACAAUGGAAACCCAGGAUACUGUAACCCAGGAUACUGUAACCCAGGAUACUGUAACCAAGGAUACUGUAACCCAGCAUACUGUAACACAGCCUACACCACAAGGCCCAGCAGCAGCUCUAACCCAGGACACCAGAACACUGCACAAGGAGCCAGCAACCCUUCCCCAGGACAGGGAUACGGCUCUACCUCCUCCCCACCGGGACCCAGCUACAGUUCUACCUUAGGGUUUGCGUCCCAGUCCCAGCCCAGCCUCCCCUCUAACCUGCCCCGGCAGAGAAAGAGCUUCUCUCCCUUCAACCUGCUCCGACGGCGCAGCUACAAAUCCAACCAGAUCCCCUUCUCACAUACCCCUCAUAGCCAAGACUGGAGAGAGUGUGACAAGAAGCUAAGGAGUGAUGGGUACGGCAGUUCACAGUACUUCUCUCAAAACCCCGCCCACCUCAGUCGUAGCCUAUCAGAGGACAGGCUGCAUGAUGACAAGGCCAGGAAGGACAGAAAACAGAAAAAGAUGGGCUAUUGCAUCAGACGACCACACCGGGUUCCUAUCAGCUCAAAACAAGAAGAAGAGGCUCCAGUGAACACGUAA